AUGCUGCCCCUGCUGCUGCUGCCUCUGCUGUGGGAGGGUGAGUGGCUGAGGGGGGAGGGAUGGGCAGUGGUCGGGGAGGGGCUGGAGCUGCAGCUGAGCCUCUGUGUCCCCCCAGGGUCCCUACAGGAGUAUCCAGGGUACCAGCUCCAUGUGCAGGAAUUGGUGAUGGUGCAGGAGGGUCUGUGUGUCCUCGUGCCCUGCUCCUUCUCCUACCCCUUGGGUUCCAGCUAUGGUAAACUCUACAUAUACUGGUUCCGUGAUGGGGACAACAGGCGCCACCAAAGCCUUGUGGCCACAAACAACCCAGAGCAACAAGGGAAUGUAGAGACUGAGGGCCGGUUCCGCCUCCUCGGGGACCUCAGGACCAACAACUGCUCCCUGAGAAUCAGAAACGCCAGGAGAAGUGACACAGGCGUCUACUUCUUCCGAGUGGAGAGAGGAUAUUAUGUGAACUAUAAUUACAGAGAUAAGAAGCUGAAUUUGCAGGUGACAGACCUGACAGAGAAACCUGACAUCCACUUUCUGGAGCCUCUGGAGUCCGGCCGCCCCACAAAGAUGACCUGCAGCCUGCCAGGGUCCUGUGACGGGGGAAGAUCUCUCACGUUCUCCUGGGUCAGGAGUCCUUCUGACUCGCUGGACGGCAAGACCCAUCACUCCUCGGUGCUUACCCUCAUCCCGAGGCCCCAGGACCAUAACACCAACCUCACCUGUCGGGUGAAACUCCAAGGUGUUCACUUGACCCGAGAGAGAACCAUUCAGCUCAAUGUCUCCUAUGCUCCACAGAACCUCACCAUCCGUGUCUUCUCCAGAAAUGUCACAGAACUGAAAAACCCAGGGAAUGGCUCAUGUCUUCAGGUCCUGGCAGGGGAGUCUUUGCGCCUGGUCUGUGCCACCAACAGCAACCCACCAGCCACACUGAGCUGGGUCAAAGUGCAUGGGAACCUGAGCCCCUCUCAGGUCUCAAAGCCUGGGGUCUUUGAGUUGCCUCGAAUACAAAUGGAGCAUGAAGGCAAAUUCACGUGCCAAGCUCAGAACACACUGGGCUACCAGCUCAUCUCUUUGAGCCUCUGUGCGCACUACCCUCCACAGCUGCUGGGACCCUCCUGCUCCUGGGAGGACAAGGGUCUGCACUGCAACUGCUCAUCCCGGGCCCAGCCAGCUGCCUCCCUGCACUGGCGGCUGGGGGAAGAAGUGGUGGAGGGGAACCACAGCAAUGCCUCCCUCACAGUCACUUCCAGCUCUGCGGGACCCUGGGCCAAUAGCUCCCUGAGCCUUAGCAGGGGGCUCAGCUCUGACCUCAAAUUCAGCUGUGAGGCCAAGAAUGACCAUGGAGCCCAGAACAUCACCAUCCUGCUGCUGCCAGGGAAAUCAGUAUCCCUGACAGGAGUGGUUCCUGCAGCUCUUGGAGGUGCUGGUGCCAUGGCCCUGCUGUCACUGUGUUUGUGCCUCAUCCUUUUUUGCAUAAUGAAAGCUCGCAGGAAGCAAGCAGCCAGGAGACGAGAGGGCGUGGAUGAUGAAGACCCUGUCAUGGGUACAGUCGCCUGGGGUUCCAAGAAACAGCCCCAAUCAGAUGGCCCCCCAGACCAAGCAUGCCCUGCUGAGGACGCCCGUCCCUCAGUGGAGGAACAGGAGCUUCAUUACACCUCCAUCAGCUUUCACGAGAUGAAGUCGUGGGAGCCUCAGGACCAGGAUGCCACCAGCACCAACGAGUACUCCGAGAUCAGGGCAAGCAAAUGAGAACUCGCCCAGAGCUCGGUCCCGGAGGAGGAAUCACAGCCUCUGUGGGGGAAAGGAGAAGUCAGGCACUAACUGAAAUCUGAGGAGCCCUUGUGGCAAUAUUAACAUGAACUACCGUAUGAGCGUCCCCAGGUAGAGCAGAAAAAAGACAAGUGAUGGGAUUAGAGACUUGGGCUCAAAUGCAGGCUCCAGCACUUCCUAAAGCAUUGUCAUCGAGCAAUUCACUUCAUCUCUUGGUGCCUCAGUUUCCCGUUCUGUAGAUCAGAGAUUGUGCAUCCUACCUCAAAGGUGGUUGUGAGCGUUAAAGAAAUUAACACAUGGAAAUCAAUCAACAGAGGUCCUGUCCUACAGCAUGUUCUCAGUGCCUAAUUGUGUCUCUUCCUUGAAUAGAAAGGUCCUACUGGCAUGUUCUCCUGAGGCUGGGGUGACCAGUCACAGGGGACAGCAUAGCAAUUUAUCAACGUCAUUCUCCUUCCCAAAACUCUUUGAGGCCUCCCCAGGGAACAACCAGCCCCUCAGCCCAGCAUUUGGUUCAUGUUAUGGCAUCUUAUUAUCUCCCUGGGGUCAUCUCCUUACCCCACUUCUGCCUGUCAAUUCUUCCAGCACAUUCCUCCACGUCCUGACUUCCAGUCCCUUCCCUAUCUCAUUUAAGGACGCCAUAGGGAUCUUUCCAACAGCCAGAGAGCAGUCCCUGACUCUUUCCUGCACAAACCCAUUCAUGACUCCCUGGCCUUAGAUAAUACAACACAAGCAUAUGCUCCUGGAAUUUGAAGUCCUUCAUGACCUCACUGCUAUCUACUCAUCCAUCCUCUCCUCUUGGCCAGUCUUCUUUAAACCUUCCAUGCAGGUUCAUACCAACAUCUUUGCAAUUUGAGGACCCUCUCCUGGAGGUUGUGCCACUUUGAUUUCUUCUGGUUUACACCAUCUUGUCCUUCAAACCUGAGCUCAUGGACAGAUUUGGUUUGAGAGGGUGGGUUGAACAAAGAGCUCAUAGUCUCCAUCCUCUAAAGUUGAACAAAUUUAAUUUCUUUUAAAGAAAGCACUGAAACAAAAACAGCCAAAAAUUCACCAGCAGCACUGUAGUGUAAGUGCCUAACAAUAAGCUGUUUUGAUUGUAAUAAGCUUUUGAUUGCUGACAUAUCCAUUUCAAAGACAUGUAUCUUGAAUAAACAUAUGUCCAGCUACACAACUAGAUAAAGAGCCAGGCUGCCUCACCCAUGAAGUUCCUGUUUUAGAAAUCCCUGGGUGACCUAGAUAACUGACCUCUUGAGUUAUCCCACUUUCCCCUUCCUUCCCUUUAAUUUCUUCUCUUAACUUUUAAAUUUGCCAACAGUGAACCUGCAAAACCCUAGACACCCCACCCUUAGCCCCAAUAAAGGCAGAACCCCAGGUCUUCACCAUCUCUCUCUCUCAACCAGUGACUUCACUGAGUGGCCCUGGGGCAUGCUGUGUAGCCUCCAGGACUUGUGAGUAAUAAAACUUGUUUUUUCAAAGUU